AUGAAGAUUCAUAAUCUUAUAGCCCUUUCAGGGCUACUAGCGGCCUCAGAGGCUGCAUCCGUCGGCCAGGAUACCCUACUCAUGCCCAGGAAACAGGCAAAGCAGCCAAACGUACUGUUUAUCAUGUCCGACGAUCAAGAUCUGGAAUUGAAUUCCCCGGCCUUCACGCCGUAUAUCCAGAAACAUAUCCGAGACAAGGGUGUCGAAUUCACCAAUCACUUUGUGACAACCUCCCUCUGCUGUCCGUCGCGCGUCAGUUUGUGGACAGGACGCCAGGCUCACAACACCAAUGUUACAGAUGUUUCGCCACCAUGGGGAGGAUAUCCCAAGUUCGUGUCACAGGGUUUCAAUGAGGCCUGGCUCCCUGUGUGGCUGCAGGAAGCCGGCUACAACACCUACUACACGGGCAAACUCAUGAACGGCCACAACACGAGUAACUACAACUCUCCUUUCCCCAGAGGUUGGAAUGGAUCGGACUUUUUGCUUGAUCCGUAUACGUAUGCCUACCUUAACUCCACUUACCAGCGGAAUUGCGAGCCCCCCAAGAGCUAUGCGGGCCAAUAUACGACAGAUGUCAUCGCCGAAAAGUCCUUGGGCUUUCUCAACGACGCUCUAAGCAGUGAUCGGCCAUUUUUCCUUGCGGUUGCUCCCAUCGCGCCGCAUUCCAACAUUGAGCCUAGUGCGAUGGGGAACGCAAAGGGUGUUCUGAUGACCGCUCCCAUUCCUGCUGAGCGACACAAGGAUCUUUUUCCAGAUGCCAAGGUGCCGCGGACGGCGAAUUUCAACCCCAAGGUGCCCACCGGAGGCGGAUGGGUGCAGCACCUCCCGCUGGCUAAUCAGACCGUCAUCGACUACCAGGAUAAUUUCUACCGCCAGCGAUUGCGAACGCUGCAGGCGCUGGAUGAGAUGGUAGAUGCUCUCAUCACGCGGCUCGAGGAGAGUGGUCAAGCCGAAAACACGUAUAUCAUCUACACGGCGGACAAUGGGUUCCACAUUGGCCAGCACCGGAUGCCGCCAGGUAAGUCGUCUGGCUACGAGGAGGACAUCCACGUUCCGUUCUACAUCCGAGGACCCGGCAUUCCCAAAGGGAAAUCUGACGACUCGGUGACCACGCACAUUGAUCUGGCUCCGACCUUCUUCCAGCUUGCGGGGAUCCCUCUGCGAGAGGACUUUGACGGCACACCGAUGCCAGUCGCAAAGGGGGUAAAGGGCAUCGCGCACGAACAUGUCGCAGUCGAAUUCUGGGGUAAAUCGCCGCUGGAAGGAGAAUACGGUGCCUUGGCACCUGGCGGUUCGUUCUCCAUGCCCAACAACACGUACAAAUCCGCGCGUAUCGUUGGCAACGGAUACAGUCUGUACUACUCAGUCUGGUGCAACAACGACCACGAGCUGUACGAUAUGCUCCGAGACCCCUACCAGGUCAACAAUCUCUAUACCAACGCCAAUGCGACGACGCCCCAUCUCCUCGGCCGCGAUCUGUCCAACGUCAUCACUCGUCUUGACGCACUACUAAUGGUUUUGAAAUCAUGCAAGGGCGAUACCUGCAUCAAGCCGUGGGACGUGAUCCAUCCAGAUGGCUCAGUGAAGGAUCUACGGGAUGCUCUGAGCACAAAGUAUGAUCAGUUCUACCGUGCCCAGCCCAAGGUCUCGUACUCGGCCUGCGAAGGAGGGUAUAUUAUCAGUUCGGAGGGACCACAGAAUGGAUUGGUCUAUCGCGAUGGAUUGAGCUGGGAGGCUUGGACAUGA